AUGGCUUCUCCGUCGGAAAGGCCUGGGGCUUCUGGCCAAGGAUCGAUGGAUGGCGAGUGGGUUAUGCUGAAGGAUGACAGGCAGUGUAAUGGUCGAGGAUAUUUGGGAGACGAGGUUAUGCGUAUGGGUAACCGUGAUAGCUGUGCACAUGUGUUUGCUAACAACGACACGCGCGGAUUGCUUGAAUGGCGGAAUGGCGGCUUCUUAGACGACACAACGCCGGGACUGGGCAUGGCGGUCGUAUAA